AUGGAGUCACCUUUAAUUGAAAACAAAAACCCUGAGCCUGUCCGCAACGUCUCUACAUGCUCAAGUUCAAACCAAUUUAAUUCGGACUUGGAGCUUCCUGAUGAUACAUUCCGUAUGAAUUUAGAUGACUUCUCUGUGAUUGGGGAGAAUGUAACAAUAGGCAGAGAGGUAUCCUUAGACGGGAAUACACCCGUAACUUGUAAUCCUUAUACACCCACAGUAGAAUUAACUACACCAGAUGUUGAAACGCCACCGCCUGAUUUCACGAAUCAUCAUUCGCCUUCAAUAGUCACUACACCUAAGUUGCCGGUAAAUACACCAGAACCGCGCAGACCAGCAACGCUACUGCAGUUAUCUCUGACAAAGAAAUCUGAGGACGAUAUUUUUGUUAAACCGUCUCCUGUCCAAGAAGUCAUGUCACCAGCUAAAAUGUUACAAUUCGAGAGGGAAGCAACCAGUGCCACACCGACUAUGAAACGAGCAGUUAUAGAUUUCGAUUUUUUCACCAAAAACAAUUUUGAAAAAUAUUUUAAGGAAGAUGUGGAGAAAAGAGAUGAAGAAUCUAAAGAUCCGGUAGAUGUCAGCAUGUACAAAGAAACACCAGUUAUCGUGAACGCUGACACAGUCCGUCAUGAAAUAGGCUUCGGUAAGUUGGAUUAA